AUGGCUGACUGGCCCGUCACGCUCAACAGCUUUGGAGACGUCCAUUAUUUCUACGGCCCGCCGACCAACAACCCGCCGCACCACCGCUUCGACAAGGGCUCCUACGUCUACCUGUUCGAGAACGCAAACGAUCGCCGCGCGCGGAUUGAGAUUGCCAAUCAGCCCGGCACCGAAGACCAAGAUGCCUUUGACGGAUUCCUGGAUAAGACGCACGUCCGAUACUCGUACAACCACCAAUGCAUGGUGACGCUGAUUGUCGGCGAGACGACGGACCAGAUGGAAUGGCACCUUCCGACCUACGACCCCCAGAACCAGAACAAGUACCAUUACAAGCUCCACUCGCUCGACAUCUACUUCUGGAAGGCCGAGGACGCGCUGCAGUUCGUCAACGGGAUCCGCUUCGUCCUCCCGCCGUCGCAGGUCGAGAUCCUCGAUGAGCCCCAGCAGCAGCAGCAGCAGCAUCUCCAGGUCCAUCAACCUGCCCCCGUGAGCUCCGUCGUGCAGCAGCUCGAGCACGUCGCGAUAUCAGACCCCAACUACGGCACGCCCAAUGCCACCUCCCACACCGCGCCGCCGAGCUUGCCCGGACCUCCUCCAAUGUCGGCUGUUCACUCCCCCGAGCAGCAACAGCCGCCCGCCAGCUUCGGAAAAGACGCCUCCCCCGAGGACGGCAUCAUUGACCCCCUGGCCGCGGCCGUCGCAUACGACGCGCAGGCCCCGUUCUCGCCGGGCUUCGUCCCGCCACCCGGAUUCCAGAGCGCACAGGGCGCCGGCAUCAGCGGUGCGGGUCUGCCUCCCCCGCCUCCGCCGCCGCAGCAGCAGUUCGGUGCGCCACCCACCCACCCGGGGCUCCAGCGCGCGGUGACGAUGCCCGUGCAGGCCGUUCACAACGGCCUCGCUUCUCCCGGGCUGACGAAUCCGUACGGAAGUCCGUUCCCCGCGUCGCCAGGCUUUCAACAACCGCCGCCGCCCCCGUCUCAACAGCAGCAGACUACCCCGCCAGCUCAGCAAGCAUCCCAGCCCGCCCCUCCGCCAUCCGCGGCACCGCAAGCCACGCCCCCUAUCACUAGCCCUGGUCCAACAGCAACACCUGCGGCGGUGGCGACGUCCGUUUCCCCGCCCGGCGGCUUCUCGCAGUACUCGUACGCUAGUAGCAACGGCACAGCCACGCCGCAGCAGCAGCCGGGCGCGUUCGACUACUCGAUCCACGCACAGGCGUACCGGCCGACGGAGAUGGAGGCGAGCAAGUACAAGGGCUACACGGGCAAGCAAGACCCGUCGGGGAAGCUGGAGCAGAACUUUGGUCGGCUGGAGAAAGGGGUCACGGGGAUGCUGAGGAAGUUUGAAAAGAAGUUUGGGUGA